GAGACCGGGCUGCGGCACGCCGUUUUGGGCGUGCGCUCGGCAGCCGUCAUCGCGGCCGCCAAGGCCAUGGAGAUUGAGCAAGAGCUGGCAAUCAAGCAGACAGUCACAGAUGGAGCCACCCAUUUGAUAGAGCUGGAUCAGAGGUAUGGCGUCAGCGAGUCGGCUUCGGAAAUCGCCUGCAAUGCAGGCGACAUGGUCCGGGCAGCUGCAGGGGCUGUCGAGCAG